AUCCAGGCUAUGGGCAUCAAGACAGCGUUGCCCGCGGCGGAGCUGGGCUUGUACUCCCUGGUGCUGAGUGGGGCUCUGGCCUAUGCUGGCCGGGGCCUCCUAGAAGCUUCACAAGAUGGGGCCCACCGGAAGGCCUUCCGGGAGUCUGUGCGACCUGGCUGGGAGUAUAUUGGCCGGAAGAUGGACGUGGCUGACUUCGAGUGGGUGAUGUGGUUCACCUCCUUCCGCAAUGUCAUCAUCUUCGCCCUCUCUGGACAUGUGCUGUUUGCUAAACUCUGCACGAUGGUUGCCCCCCAGCUCCGCUCCUGGAUGUAUGCCGUGUAUGGGGCCCUGGCCGUGCUGGGCACGAUGGGUCCUUGGUACCUGCUGCUGCUACUUGGCCACUGUGUCAGCCUCUAUGUGGCCUCACUCUUGGGCCAGCCCUGGCUCUGUCUCGGCCUUGGCCUGGCCAGCCUUGCCUCCUUCAAGCUUGAUCCUCUAAUCUCCUGGCAGAGCGGGUUUGUAACAGGCACUUUUGAUCUUCAAGAGGUGCUGUUCCACGGGGGCAGCGGUUUCACAGUGCUGCGUUGUACCAGCUUUGCACUGGAGAGCUGUGCCCGCCCCGAUCGCCGCUAUUCCCUAGCUGACCUGCUCAAGUACAACUUCUACCUGCCUUUCUUCUUCUUCGGGCCCAUCAUGACCUUUGAUCGCUUCCACACCCAGAUGAGUCAGGUGGAGCCGGUGAGGCGCGAGGGUGAGCUGUGGCGCAUCCGGGCCCAGGCCGGCCUCAGCGUGGUGGCCGUCAUGGCCGUGGACAUCUUCUUCCACUUCUUCUACAUCCUCACCAUCCCCAGCGACCUCAAGUUUGCCAACCGCCUCCCGGACAGCGCCCUCGCUGGCCUAGCCUAUUCAAACCUGGUGUACGACUGGGUGAAGGCGGCCGUGCUCUUCGGCGUGGUCAACACCGUGGCUCGCCUUGACCACUUGGACCCACCCCAGCCUCCCAAGUGCAUCACCGCACUCUACGUCUUCGCGGAAACGCACUUCGACCGUGGCAUCAACGACUGGCUUUGCAAGUAUGUGUAUGACCACAUUGGUGGGGAGCACUCCGAGGUGAUCCCGGAGCUGGGGGCCACUGUGGCCACAUUUGCCAUCACCACUCUGUGGCUUGGACCUUGUGAUAUUGUUUACCUGUGGUCAUUCCUUAACUGCUUUGGCCUCAACUUUGAGCUCUGGGUGCAGAAGCUGGCUGAGUCGGGGCCCCUAGCACAAAUUGAGGCCUCUCUGUCGGAGCAGAUGUCUCGCAGGGUCCGGGCCCUCUUUGGGGCCAUGAACUUCUGGGCCAUCAUCAUGUACAACCUUGUAAGCCUGAACAGCCUGGAGUUCACAGAGCUGGUUGCCAGGCGCCUGCUACUCACAGGGUUCCCCCAGACCACUCUGGCCAUCCUGUUUGUCACCUACUGUGGUGUCCAGCUGGUGAAGGAGCGAGAGCGAACCCUAGCACUAGAGGAGGAGCAGAAGCAGGACAAAGAGAAGCCCGAGUAG